AUGGAGGAGCAGACUGUAGUCCUCAUCGUGGGUGCAGGACCAGCAGGCCUGGCAACAGCGGCAUGCCUCACCCAACUUAGUAUCCCUUAUGUCAUUGUCGAGCGUGAGGAUUGUAGUGCAUCCCUAUGGCGCAACCGUGCUUAUGACCGCCUAAAGCUACAUCUUGCAAAGGAGUUUUGUGAGCUACCCCACAUGUCCUACCCAGCAGAUGCCCCAACCUACAUCCCAAAGGAUCAGUUCGUGCAGUACAUAGAUAAUUACAUUGAGCGUUUCGACAUCCGGCCAAAGUACCAAACUGCCAUUGAGUCAUGCUCAUAUGAUGAAGUUAGAAAGUGUUGGUUCAGCAUGGUGCGUGACAUGAAAACAUCCGUGGUUGUUAGGUACACAGCUAAGUUCCUUGUUGUGGCAAGUGGUGAGAAUAGUGCAGAGAACAUCCCAGUUAUCACUGGGCUGCAUCACUUUGCUGGAGAGGCUAUCCACUCAUCAAGAUACAAAUCAGGUGCCUCCUACUCGGGGAAGAAUGUGUUGGUGGUUGGGUGCGGCAACUCUGGAAUGGAGAUUUCCUAUGACCUUGCAUCUCAUGGCGCCAACACAUCCAUUGUUAUACGCAGCCCGGUACAUGUAGUGAUAAAAGAAAUAAUUCGGUUGGGCAUGACUUCGGUCCAGCAUAUACCAGUGAACGUUGUGGAUGGUCUUCUAGUGAGGUUAUCAAAUUUUGUGUUUGGAGACCUUUCAAAGCAUGGCAUUGUGAGACCAAAAUUAGGCCCUCUCCUCCUCAAGGCAAAAACCGGGCAAUCUGCUGUGAUUGAUGUCGGGACAAUUAGUUUAAUUAAGAAUGGCACUAUCAAGGUGCUUGGAAAUAUUUCCAAAAUUGAGGGUAACACAGUUGAAUUUGAAGGCCGGAAGAAAAGCACUUUUGAUGCCAUUGUGUUUGCAACUGGAUAUAAAAGCACAGCAAAUACGUGGCUCAAGAAUGGUGAAAGCAUGUUAAAUGAUGAUGGACUGCCAAAGCAAGAAUUUCCAAAUCAUUGGAAGGGCGCAAAUGGGCUCUAUUGUGCUGGCUUGGCAAAGAGAGGCUUGGCUGGUAUUGCCAUGGAUGCCAAGAAUAUCGCCAGUGACAUCUUGUCUAGCUACCAUGCAUAA